AAGACGUCAAGAGAUACGUCCAGGCAUGUGACGUCUGCCAGAGGAGAGGUAGACCCUGAACACAGUGGUAAUAAGUAUAUCGUUGUAGCCACUAAAUAUCUUACGAAGUGGCCCGAAGCUAGAGCCAUUCCUGAUGCCAGUGCUUCGUCAGUCGCAUCCUUCAUUAUUGAGGACAUUAUAUGUCGACAAGGAUGUCCUCAG